AUGCGGAGGCACCACGUUGAGAAACACCAGACUUUCCACACCAAUUUUCCAGAGGGAUCUCAAGAGAGGGCAGCAAAAGUGCAGAGUUUGAUUGCAUCCUACAACCGGAGCAGUACUACCAUGGUGCGGUCAUUCACAGCCCAAGAGAGAGCUACCGCAGCAUCCCUUCGUGUUUCCUGGAUAUUGGCAAAAAAGAAAAGGCCAUUCACAGACUCUGAAACCGUGAAGGACUGUAUGCUGGCCGUCGUGGAUGAGGUGAUAAAUGACGAUAAAAUUAAAACGAGCGUGGCAUCUGCUAUAAAAAACGUACCCCUGUCAGAUACUUCCAACAUUCGUAGGGUUGAAAUUCUUGCUGCAGCUGUCAUAUGCUUCAGAGAGGAGCUGCUCUGCCUACUGCCGUUAGAAGGACACACAACGGGCGAUAUAGUCUUUGGGAAAAUUUCUGCUUUUUUUAAAGACAAUGGUCUGGAUAUGACGCGUGUGUGCAUGCUUGUGACGGAUGGGGCUCCAUCCAUGACAGGGAAAGUGAAUGGUUUGGCAGCACGUUGGUCCGCUGUUGCACCUCAGUUGAUCUCCUUACACUGCAUUGUGCAUCAGGCGGUGUUGUGCGCAAAACUAAGCGGAGCGCUCAAAACGACAAUGGACAACGUGAUGGCUACAAUUAAUUUUAUUCGCUCUACAUCAAGCCUCCAACACCGCUUGUUCCGCAUGCUGCUGUCAGAAAUGUCUGCUGAGCACCACGACCUGCUUUUGCAUAAUGACGUGAGGUGGCUGUCCAAAGGCAAAGCACUGGUGCGUUUCUGUGGUCUCAGAGAGGAGAUCAUAACUUUCCUCCGCAGCAGCAAGCAUAAAAAGGCAGAAACGCACUUGAGUCGCAUACUGGACGACAACUUCAUGGCCGAUGCCAGCUUUCUGAGCGACAUAUUCAAACACCUGAAUGAUCUCAAUUUGGCACUACAAGGCAGAGACAAAACUGUCAUCGACCUUGUGGAACAGAUGCGCGCAUUCCCAGUUAAACUGGACCUUUUCGCAACUGAUUUGAGCACAGGCCGAAUGCUGCAUUUUCCGACACUCCGCAAAUUCAUCUCAUCCCCCGCACAAAUCACGGAUGUGAUGACAGAUUUCAUUGCGAGGCUGAAAAUGAACUGUGCUGGUCGAUUGGAUGGACUUGUUCUGCCCUCAGAGGUGGCCCUUUUUGUCAGAGACCCGUUCACUGUUGCAUUAGAAGGGGACUUAUCUGCCAGAGCAAAGCAAGUGGUUCCUUCCAUUGACGAGGGGAAAUUCACACUCGAACUUGUUGACAUGCAGUCAUCUGUAACCAUGGCACAGGAGCUUUGCACUAACGGGCCUACAAUGUUUUGGACUGAUGUCAACGUACAUCAGUUCCCUAACAUUAAGAAAGUAGCGAUCGUCAUGCUCAGUAUGUUUGGAUCAACAUACACAUGUGAGUCAAGUUUUUCACACAUGAACUCCAUAAAGAGCAACUAUCGUUGCUCCCUGACUGACUGUACUCUCCACCAAUGCCUUCGGAUUGCAUUGACAACUUACGAGCCUAAAGUCACUGCUCUUGUUCAAAACAAAAAAUGCCACUUCUCCCACUAA